CUGUACAUAUAUAGCCCGGUAUCUGAGGGGUCCUGAAAGAGAAUAAACCGGGUUAAGCUUUUGCUUUCGGCAAAUUGUUGAGAGCUACAUCUAUUAGCUUUCUUCUUCUUCUUCUUUCCUUGGUUUGAUCUCAAUCAAUUUUCGUCUUUCCUUCUUCUCUGAGUCAAUUAACAAGGUUUAGCAGAGACAUGUCGAGCAGCAACGUGGACGUUGGUUCUGAGCAACUAUGCUAUAUCCCCUGCAAAUUUUGCAACAUUGUUCUUGCGGUUAGUGUUCCGUGCAGCAAUCUUUGUGACAUCGUGACCGUCCGAUGUGGUCACUGCUCCAAUCUAUGGUCCGUGAACAUGGCAGCCGCAUUUCAGUCACUGUCAUGGCAAGAAGUUCAGGCUUCUGGGUUAUCCAAUCCAGAGUAUAGAAUCGAGACUGGUUCGUCUUCCAGAAGCAACAAUAGGGUUCCCAUGCGAACCCCUACCACACGUAUUGCAACUGAGGCUGUGACCCCUAGGCCUCCCGAGAAGAGGCAGCGCGUACCUUCUGCGUACAAUCAGUUCAUAAAAGAAGAGAUUCAGAGGAUCAAAGUCAAUAACCCAGAUAUCAGUCACAGGGAAGCAUUCAGCACUGCUGCGAAGAAUUGGGCACAUUUCCCUCACAUUCAUUUCGGGUUGAUGCUGGAGGCCAAUAAUCAGGCUAGGAUUGGGAAUUGAUGCGCUCAGGAAAUGCGAGGAAGCAUUUAACGUCAAGGGCUAUGGAUUACAUAUUUGAACAAAGAGUGGUUCUAAUCUUCAUCAUUUGAGUCUGUCAAACAAACAAUGUUCUAACUUUGGUUGUGUUUAAAAGGGCAGUUAGUUAUUUUUCUUCGUCAAUAUACUUGUACUGUAAUCCCUUAGUACUAGGUCGAUCGGUUUAAUGUCUUGGCAUAAAUUGAAGUAAUUAAUGAUGCUGCUUUUUCAUUUUCAA